AUGAGACUCUCUGUAGAGACGACUGCUUCAGAUCAAGACGAGACAGAGCAAUUUGGUGAGUGGUUAUUGAAAGUUGGUGAUGGUCUAAUAGGUGACAAUAUGGAUGGUGAAUCUGAGAUAUGUCUUCCAGGAGAUAUUGUUAUUCCUUCUUCGGACCAGGCAUUUGAUGAGUUAGUUCAUUUUUCUUAUCCAAAUAUUCUGGAAAACAUGUCCUCAAAGGAUUUUUUCAAAGCAAGAACUAUACUGGCUCCUACACUAGACAUUGUUGAAGAGGUCAACAACCAUCUAAUGGCUAUCAUUCCUGGAGGAGAAAAAUUAUAUCUUAGUUCGGAUUCCAUAUGUAUGGAUGAAGGGAAUAUGGAGAGUCAACUAGAUCUCUAUGGUCCUGAAUUACUGAAUAGCAUAAAUUGCUCUGGUUUUCCUCCACAUAAAUUAAUACUCAAGGUUGGUGUUCCGGUGAUAUUACUGAGGAAUAUUGACCAAUCCAGUGGUCUUUGUAAUGGUACAAGGCUACAAGUUAGAAAACUUGGAAAUCAUGUCAUAGAAUGUGAAGUCUUAACGGGUAACAAUGUUGGUCAUAUUGCUUUGAUUCCAAGAAUGAAUAUGGUACCAACAAAUGAAACCGUCCCAGUUAGAUUCCAACGAAGACAGUUUCCCAUAAUAGUAUCGUUUGCCAUGACAAUUAAUAAGUCUCAGGGACAAACUUUAUCUCAUGUUGGAUUGUACUUGCCCAGACCAGUUUUUACACAUGGCCAACUAUAUGUGGCACUUUCAAGAGUUAAGAGUAAGAGAGGUUUAAAAGUUUUACUUAUGAAUCACGUAGGAAUGUCUGCAAAUUCAACUAUCAAUGUUGUUUAUAGAGAAGUCUUUGAAAAAAUAGUAUUCUAA